AUGUCUUCUUCAAUGGGGCCCAAAGGCCCUCGGCCACCCACAGUGCCUCCCCCAAUGCAAGAUCUCCCCGACCUGAGCCAUCUGACAGAGGAAGAGAGGAAUAUAAUCAUGGCAGUGAUGGACCGACAGAAGGAGGAGGAGGAGAAGGAAGAGGCCAUGCUAAAGCGACUGCAUCAACAGUUUGAAAGCUAUAAAGAGCAAAUAAGAAAAAUAGGCGAAGACACGCGUCGCUACCCUGGAGAGCACAAGGAUGAUGCGCCAACGUGUGGUAUAUGUCACAAAACAAAGUUUGCAGAUGGCUGUGGACAUUUGUGCUCUUAUUGUCGAAGAAAAUUUUGUGCUCGAUGUGGAGGUCGUGUAUCUCUCCGCUCAAACAAUGAGGACAAAGUGGUUAUGUGGGUAUGCAAUUUGUGUCGAAAGCAACAAGAAAUUCUAACAAAAUCUGGCGAUUGGUUUUUUGGAAGUGGGGCACAGUUGGCUUCAUCUCAGGAUGGGACACUCAGUGAUACCACUACUGGGGCUAACACUGAUGCACCAAGAGAAAAGAAAGCAAGACUUCAAGAGAGAUCUCGGUCUCAAACCCCUUUAUGUACUGCAGCAACGGCAGGUUCUCAAGAAACCUCUCCUAGUUUACAGUCUGAUAGGAGUAAAGACUCUGGACAAUCUCUGCAGUCCACAGUUCAGGAACAAAAAGGUUCAAGGUCCAGAAGUGAACCACCUAGAGACAGGAAGAAGAUUCCAGCAACUUCAGAACAAAAUGGAAAGAUUGUAAAAGGAGGUGAACGUAAGAGAGUACAAAAAAAUUCAAACCAGCAAAAUGAGGGACACUUAGAUGACCGAGAACAUAAAGAAAGGAGGGAAAGUAGGAAACUUGGCAAAGGUAGAUCACAGGACAUACCAGAAAAACAUGAGGAAGAUACCACCAUGGAUGAUGACAAACAAAGACUAGAGGAUGACCUCCAAACCAGAUAUAAAAGUGAUCCUAAUUUGGCUAGGUAUCCAGUAAAGCCUCAACCAGAAGAACAACAGAUGCGUAUUCAUGCAAAAGUUUCAAAGGCACGGCAUGAGAGGAGACACAGUGAUGCAUCUUUACCGCACACAGAGCUAGAAGAAUCUGAGGUUCCUGAAAAUAAAUUGGGGAAAAACUCACAAAUACCAGGAUCUCAGGAGAAAAUGUUAGUUACAGAAAAUCAUAGAUCCUACUCUUUAGAUAGAACUGGGGAUGGAAUGGUUUCUAAGUCAAAACAGGUGUCUAAUCACAGCCCUCCAAGCCCAAGACACAGUCCAGUGCCUCCAGAAAUCUCAGAAUCUAAGAACCAUGACUCCUUCAAAAGUCGAUUAGAUCCCAGUUCUGCUCUUCUUAUGAGGAAAGCUAAUCGAGAAAAAAUGGAAAAGAUGUUUAGAAAUGAUUCACUUAGUUCUGAUCAAUCAGAAUCUGUAAGACCUUCUCCACCAAAGCCACAUAGGUCUAAGCGAGGGGGAAAGAAAAGACAGAUGUCAGUAAGCAGCUCAGAAGAAGAAGGUGUUUCAACACCAGAAUCUACCAGCUGUGAAGAUGUGGAGAUAGAAAGUGAAAGUGUUAGUGAGAAAGCUGUUCUGUUUGGCAGAAGACAGUUGGAGUGCCCCGUCUCUCCUCAGUCAUGCUGUGGUGAUCUGGAUUAUUACUGGUUAGAUCCUGCAACAUGGCAUAGUAGAGAAACAUCACCCCUUGGUUCGCAUCCGGUAACCUGGCAGCCAUCUAAGGAGGGUGAUCGUUUAAUUGGACGGGUUAUUUUAAACAAGAGAACAAGCAUGCCAAAAGAAUCUGGAGCUCUUCUGGGAUUGAAAGUUGUUGGAGGGAAGAUGACAGAUACAGGACGACUUGGUGCCUUCAUCACCAAAGUGAAAAAGGGAAGUCUAGCAGACGUGGUUGGCCAUUUAAGAGCAGGUGAUGAAGUACUAGAAUGGAAUGGUAAACCUUUGCCUGGAGCAACAAAUGAAGAUGUUUACAACAUUAUCGUACAAUCAAAGUCAGAACCACAAGUUGAAAUAAUUGUUUCAAGACCUAUUGGUGACAUUCCAAGGAUCCCAGAAAGUUCCCACCCUCCAUUAGAAUCUAGUUCUAGUUCUUUUGAAUCUCAAAAGAUGGACCGCCCGUCAAUAUCUGUUAUUUCUCCAACUAGUCCUGGCACUUUAAAAGAUGCACCUCAGGUUUUGCCUGGGCAGCUGUCUGUAAAAUUGUGGUACGACAAAGUAGAGCAUCAGUUAAUAGUGAAUGUGCUACAGGCAAUAGAUCUGCCACCUAGGCCAGAUGGACGCCCAAGAAAUGCCUAUGUUAAAAUGUACUUUCUUCCGGAUAGAAGCGAUAAAAGUAAAAGGAGGACCAAAACCGUGAAGAAAAGCUCUGAACCAAAAUGGAACCAAACAUUUGCUUAUUCCCAUGUGCGUCGUAGAGACUUUAGAGAGAGAAUGUUAGAAAUAACCGUUUGGGAUCAGCCCAGAGUGCAAGAAGAAGAAAGCGAGUUUCUUGGAGAGAUCCUGAUAGAAUUAGAGACUGCACUAUUAGAUGAUGAACCUCACUGGUAUAAACUACAAACUCAUGAUGAAUCUUCCCUACCUCUGCCUCAGCCAUCACCUUUCAUGCCAAGGAGACAUGUACAUGGAGAAAACUCUAAUAAAAAAUUACAAAGAUCUCAGAAAAUCAGUGAUAGUGACAUCUCAGAUUUUGAUGUUGAUGAUGGUAUUGGAGUGGUUCUUCCAGGUUCAAGGUCUAACACUAGAGAAAGUAGAUCUACAACACUAACAGUGCCAGAACAGCAAAGAGCAACUCAUCAUAGAUCACGUUCUGUAUCUCCUCACCGUGGUGACGACCAGGGCAGGACCCGAUCACGUUUACCAAAUGUGCCAUUACAAAGGAGUCUAGAUGAAAUUCAUCAAAUGAGACGAUCACGUUCUCCAACAAGACACCAUGAUGCCUCCCGCAGUCCAGUUGAUCGUAGGUCCAGGGACUCGGAUAACCAGUAUUUGUCUGAACAAGAAAGUGAACUUCUUAUGCUGCCCCAAGCAAAACGUGGACGAAGUGCAGAGUGCCUACAUACCAUCAGAAAUACUGUUAGGCACAGUAAAACUUUGCCACCCAAGAUGCCUUUGCUAGAAUAUGGUUCUCAUUGGAAACUUUACUACAGUGAACUACAGCCCUCCCUUGACAGGGCUAGGAGUGCUAGUACCAACUGCUUGAGACCAGAUACUAGUUUUCAUUCACCAGAACGAGAAAGGCAGCCCAGGAAAUUGGAAAGAUCUGUCAACCAGAAACAAAGUAGGAAAAGCACUGUUUCUGAAGUUAAAAGAAACCAUCAACAAGGAAGCCAGUCAUCUAUUACAGAUUCUUCAUUUAGUAGUCGAAGAGGAAGGCAGCUCCCACAGGUUCCUGUAAGAAGCAACGGUGUAGAACAAGAUCCAGAGAGUUAUGGGUUAUCUUCAAAAGCAAAUGUAUUAGUGGAAGAACGAACAAGACAGAUGAAAAUAAAGGUUCAGCGGUUUAAGCAGACAGCUGGGUCUAGUUCAAGUCAAGAACUAGAACGAGAGCAAUAUACAAAGUAUAACAUGCAUAAAGAUCAAUACAGAAGUUGUGAUAACGUCUCAGCCAAAUCAUCAGAUAGUGAUGUCAGUGACGUGUCAGCCAUUUCCCGUACCAGUAGUGCCUCACGCCUUAGCAGCACAAGCUUUAUGUCCGAGCAGUCUGAACGACCUCGCAGAAGACUAUGUUCGUUUACGCCUAAAAUGCAAGGUAGACGGAUGGGAACUUCAGGGAGAAUAACUAAGAGCACAAGUGUGAGUGGAGAAAUUUACAAGCUUGAACACAAUGAUGGAAGCCAGUCUGACACAGCUGUUGGUACAGUAGGAUCUGGUGGGAAAAAAAGGAGAUCAAGUUUAAGUGCCAAAGUCGUUGCCAUAGUCUCACGAAGAAGUAGAAGCACGUCGCAGCUUAGCCAUACAGAUUCUGGCAACAAGAAAUUAAAAAGCUCUAUCCAGAGAAGCACAGAAACAGGAAUGGCCGCUGAGAUGAGAAGUCGUAUGGUUCGGCAACCUAGCAGAGAAUCAACAGAUGGAAGUAUUAAUAGCUACAGUUCUGAGGGAAACUUAAUGUUCCCAGUGCGAUUAGGGGUUGACAACCAGUUCAGCGAUUUUCUUGAUGGGCUGGGACCUGCUCAACUUGUAGGUCGGCAAACACUAGCAACACCUGCCAUGGGGGAUAUUCAGAUUGGAAUGGUAGAUAAAAAAGGCCAACUUGAAGUUGAAGUUAUAAGGGCUCGUGGUCUUAUACAAAAGCCAGGCUCAAAAUCAACUCCAGCUCCGUAUGUUAAAGUUUACCUCUUAGAAAAUGGAGCUUGUGUAGCCAAGAAGAAAACACGUAUUGCACGGAAAACCCUGGACCCGCUUUAUCAACAGUCCUUGGUUUUUGAAGACAGUCCCAAUGGAAAAGUCCUUCAGGUUAUUGUUUGGGGAGACUAUGGCAGAAUGGACCACAAAAGUUUCAUGGGUGUUGCACAAAUUCUCCUGGAAGAACUUGAUCUAUCCAGCAUGGUAAUUGGAUGGUAUAAGUUAUUUCCACCUUCAUCCUUGGUGGAUCCAACGUUGACACCCCUUACUCGCAGGGCUUCCCAAUCGUCUCUUGAGAGUUCAACAGGUCCUCCUUCCGUUAGAUCAUAAUGAACUGGAAGGCAAAUUAACCUGAUGUAAUCACAAUGUUAAUGCCCAAUAAAAGAAUCCGAACAAUAUAUUUACAUGAUCAAAAAACAUUGCUGGAGACAGACAAUCACUUUUUUUUUUCCUUUAGUAGAGAUCCAAAAAUGUAUCUGAGAAGGAUUUAUAGGUAUAUUGGCAGAGAAAAAGCAAAAAUAUAUAUGUACUGUAGAUCAAAAUACAUUUAAGCACUAGCGUAAGUCGCUCAAGAGCGAGGGUAUAGUUAAGGUGACAUUAAAUUUCAAACUGGAAGCUUUCACUCUGUUAAGAAUGUCUGUGAUACAUUUCUACAGACCAUAAGCAGUGUUAUCAUAUUGGUAUUUCAGCAUUUUUAUACUUGUUAAUUCCAUUAUUUUUUUUAAUGAUGUGUUAAUCUGGCAGUUUCAUAAAAAGCAUUUGUGAUAAUCCUCACACAAUACCGCUUUUGUCUUUUUUAAUUUCUUUUAUUAAAAGCUGAGCAUUAUACAAGUGAUAAAUGGAUAUUGUUCCAUCAUGUAAAAUUCCCAGCUGCCUGAAAUAUUGACAGUGACUUUGAAAUGCACUGCUAUGUAGUGCUGUCCUAUUAUUGAACUCGCUUUUUCAUGUAGUGUUACACAUUUUGGAACCACAGAUGUAUUUUAUGUAUUUUAAAGCAUGCUGUUAUAAAAGGGGAGCACAGCAUUUUUCUGCACUAAUCCUCAAACCCAUAGUUUGACAUCAGGGCUAGGAAGAAAAAGCAGAUGCUGCAGUGCAGCAGUUGCAUGAAAACAAAACCUUAUAGCACUCUGUAGGUGCAAUGAAAUGCAUCUUUGUUCUUAUGUGAACGUGAUUAACACUACAAAAUGGCUAUGGAUGCAACAGCUGUCAUUAUUUCACUCAACCAGGAACGUAUUUUUGUUUUUUUUUCCCCAAUAUUUUUUUGUUGAAUUCAACCAAUUCUAAAAUGCCAACAAGUGUGUGUAAUGUCUUGUUUUACUUUUAUGGACUAGUGGAAUAUAUGACCAUAUUGAAAAUAUUUCUUUUACAAAUAAAACGUAUAGGAUAAAAUAAAAAAAAAAAAAAAAGUAUAUUUUUGUUCCACUUUUCCACUUUUUUGUCAAACUUGGAUUGCAGUUUAAAUGAUGAUUUUUAUGUUACAUGAUGUUUUGCAUGGUAGAGUUUUGAAGAAGCUUGUCUGUAACCAACUCUGAGAUUGAUGCAAGUGAUUUCUUUGACAUUUUCAAAUAAUGUACCUGUUAUGAUAUUUACGUUUUACAAUCAGCCAAUUGCUAUACUAGUUUCUGUGUAUAAAUUGUAUAUUUUACUUCCCAAAAUAGUGAGCAUUGGUGGGGAUGAGCAUAUGACACUUUGAGCUGUACCCAGUCUGACAUGUAUCGCUUUAAGACACGUGUCUGUCCUGGAUAGAGCAUGGUAUGAGCUGUUUAAGAUUCACUGGAGAUUCCAGUUGAAUUAUUCUGCACUUACUAAUGUUUUUAUCAAACUUUAGUUUACAUUUGUUUGAAAUUGAUGCAAGCACAAAGCUUGAUUUUUUUAACGCAAAAAAUAUUUUACUUUUUUUUUUUGGGAGGAAACCCCUUAAAUUUAAACUAGCAUUUUCUUCAUGUUGGUUCUUCCUGGCCUUGAAAUCCCUUGUGGUUCUCUGUACAUGUGCAAAACACUGCAGCUGUGCAGGUGCAUUGAAAUGUUUUUCCUCCUUUUUACGGGCCAUUCAAUUUUGUGAUCACACAGAUAGAGCAGCAUGAUUUGGAGCUACCCACAGCUGCAUGCACGUUUUGUAAAAAGAGACAAAAAAAAAGUUUAUUUAAUAAUGUGUGUUAGUUCCACAUAGGCCAGCUUGUAUGUUGCAUGUAAUUGUACAGUUUGCUCGUAAUUAUGACAUAACCAAGAAAUCGAAGCCAUCCAUUUUCUUAUAGACAUUUUGCAAACUUUUCUUUUUUUUUCUUACCAGGCUAGGUAUGUUAGUCUGGUGCUAAAUGUCUAUAGAUGGACUUUAUUUUUUACCCUAUGGAUACGUAAUGUAGUACGGACCAAAUUCCUUUGAAUAAAUAUUUUGGUGUAGAUUCCUGCUGUGGGGCUGUAACACAUGUAGAAAUUGUGUACACAUUAGGUUUUAAUUAAUAGACAUACUGCCUGCACCACGUGAACUAUUUACUGUUAACAAAACAGGCUGGAACUCUUAGGCCUGUUUUUCCACGGGGCAAAGGUAGAUUACUGCUUGACCUGCUGAGCAGGAAGAACUGAAGCACUGGUGCACAAAUAGAUUCUGUUCUGUUUCAGUGGCCAAAACAAAUGAACUAAUUAUAAUUGGGUAGAAUCUUUCUAUUUUGACCACUUGUCUUAACACUCCCCUGUGCUUUUAAAUGAACUUCCAACUCAUGUUAUGUAAACAUGUUUAAUAAAAUUUACUUUUCAUGUC